CAUCAUCCCAUAACCAUAACUAUGAAUGGCACUCAAGAUCCCCAGCAUUCUCAAACUCAGCGACUUGCGUUGCCUGUCAGUAAAAUGCGGUCUGCCAACCUCCGGCACAAAACCCAUCCUUACGCAGCGUCUUCACGAUGCAAUCAGCAGCGUCCCCAGGGCUCCCAAACGAACCCGAGUCCUUAGCAUCGACAUGGGGAUCCGGAAUCUAGCUUACUGCGUCCUGGAUGUGCCAUGCAAAGGUAGUGCUGCAGCAGCAUCCUCGCCCUCAAUUCCAUCCAUGCAUGCCUGGCAGCGCCUCGCGGUCUCGACGUCUUCCCCCGGAGAGAAGGAGGCAUUCGACCCCGCGACCCUGUCGACCAUUGCUUAUGACCUUGUCCGCCAGCGUCUACUCCCUCAGAUGCCCACGCAUAUCCUGAUUGAGCGCCAGCGCUUCCGGUCUAUGGGCUCUAAGCACAUACUCGAAUGGACGGUCCGCGUUAACAUGCUUGAGGCAAUCCUAUAUGGCGUGCUGGGCGCAUUGAAGGCGGAAGGGGUUUGGGAGGGCGAGGUGGUGGGCGUCCCGCCGGGGAAGGUUGGCCCGUUUUGGCUGAGCGAGGAACCGGAUGGGGAGGCUGGGGAGUGGAGGAAGGAAAGGAAGGGGAAGAAUGCGAAGAGUAAAAAUAAGGGAAUCAAGAUCGAUUUUGUGAGAGGGUGGCUGGAGAAUCGGAAGAUGGUAAGUCUUGGGAAUGAGGAGGUGGAGGCUAUGGCGAAACUUUAUAUGGAGAAGUGGGAUAGAACCCCGGGAGGUAGAAGACUUAAGACGAAAGUUGAUGAGGAAGGGCAGGUUCGCAAGUUGGACGAUUUGGCGGAUUGCUUGUUACAGGGCAUGGCGUGGAUACAAUGGCAGGAGAAUAAGAGGAUGGCUCUGAAGCAUGGGGUGGAGUCUCUUCUAGUCUUCUAGAUCAACGAGAUGUAUAUACAGUAGGAUAUAGCCGCCCUCCAAGGGUCCAGAGUCUAAGGUAGAGUCCGUCCUCCCCAAUCUUUAAAAUCCAAAAUGGGUUAGAGGCCGUUUUAGCCAGGAAUCCCAAAACGGG